AUGGUCGGUCACCCCAAGCACGUCCACAAGGCCUGUGCUGCUGGCGUAGAUCUCAUCUGCGCACAAGGAGGCGAGGCGGGCGGUCACACAGGAGACAUUCCAAGCAUGGUAUUGCUACCAGCAUGCGCGGAUAUCUGCUCGCAGUAUACUUCUCCCUUGACCAAGAAACCCGUCACGCUGGUCGCCGCAGGGGGCAUCAACGACGGGAGGAGUGUGGCUGCGUCCAUUAUGCUCGGAGCCAGCGGUGUUUGGGUGGGUACAAGAUUCAUCCCCAGUGUGGAAUCCAAAGCUCCAGAGGUCUUCAAGAAGCAAGUCAUUGCUGCGGGAUACGACGACUGGGUCAAAUUGACAGUCUGGUCUGGACGACCCCUCCGUGCGUUGAGAAAUCCUUACCUGACGGAUUGGGAGGUCAACCGUCAAGCAGAGAUCAAGGACUUGACAUCAAGAGGCAUCGUGCCGCUCGUGCAUGAGCUCGACAAGCUGCACGAAUCUGGAAAGUUGACGGACGAGAUCGAGGAUGGAGCGGCGAUGAGACCAGCGGGCAUCGUUGCGGGAUCGGUCAAUAAGGCUGGACAGACUGCUGCAGAUAUCGUGAGUGAGAUGGUUGAAGGAGCAAGUAAGCAGCUCGGCCUAGCCAGAGGCGUGCUGCAGGCGAGUCCUUCAAAGUUGUAGAGUCGGCGGAUACUGCAUAGAAUUGAUGCCUCAAGCAG